CAGAGGGCGAGCAAGGGCGUCUUUUCUUCAUCUGCAGGCAAAGAUGGCGGUGCGGAAGAAAGACGGCGGCCCGAACGUAAAAUAUUUCGAAGCUGCCGACACAAUCUCACAGUUCGACAACGUCCGCAUAUGGUUGGGCAAGAAUUACAAAAAGUACAUUCAGGCAGAGCCCCCAACCAACAAGUCUCUGUCAAGCCUGGUGGUGCAGCUGCUGCAGUUUCAGGAGGAGGUGUUUGGCCGGCAUGUCAGCAACCCCCCGCUCACCAAGCUCCCGAUUAAGUGCUUCCUGGACUUUAAGUCGGGUGGAGCUCUCUGCCACAUACUGGCUGCUGCCUACAAGUUCAAGAGUGACCAGGGCUGGAGGAGAUUUGACUUCCAGAACCCAUCACGGAUGGACCGUAAUGUUGAGAUGUUCAUGACCAUUGAGAAAUCCCUGGUGCAGAAUAACUGUCUCAGCCGGCCCAUCAUCUUCCUCAGUGCCGACAUCGAGCCCAAGCUGAUGGGCAAACUGAAAGACAUCAUAAAGCGGCACCAGGGAUCAGUGACAGAAGACAAGUCCACUAGCUCCCACGUUGUGGUUUCCAUUCCUGCCAGCCUGGAAGAGGAGGAGUGGGUUCGACCGGUUAUGAAGAGAGACAAGCAAGUGCUCCUUCAUUGGGGUUACUCCCCCGACAGCUAUGACACCUGGAUUCCUGCCAGCGAGGUGGAGGCAGCCGUGGAGGACCCCCCCAGCCCAGAAAAGCCCCGAAAGGUACAUGCCAAGUGGAUCCUUGAUCUGGAUCAUUUCAAUGAGUGGAUGACAGAGGAGGACUAUGAGGUGGGCGAGGGCCUGCCGCGGAGAAAGAGGAUUUCAGCCAAAACGCUCACUGACGAAGUGUCUCCUCCGGAUGAACGCCGGGAUCGGAAGCCGGGGAGCACAAAGAAGAGGAAGCGCUCCCCCUCACCAUCCCCACCCCCGCCCCCACAGGAGAGCAAGAAAAAGAACACCAAGAAGGGACCCACCACUCCCUACACCAAGCCGAAGCGCGGGCACCGCGAGGAGGAGCAGGAGGACUUGACCAAGGAGCUGGAUGAGCCCUCACCGGUGCCAGCUGUGGAGGAGGUCACGCUGCCCAAAAAUGUGAACACUAAGAAAGACUCCGAGGCGACUCCAGUGAAGGGAGGGACCAUGACGGACCUGGACGAGCAAGAGGACGAGUCCAUGGAUACAGUUGGGAAGGAGGAAGAGGAGGGCUCCCCCAGUGUGAAGGGCGAGCCAGUGAAGGGCUCCGACCUCCACGAGGACAACGUGACAGAGCAGACCCACCACAUCAUCAUUCCCAGCUACGCCGCCUGGUUCGACUACAACAGUGUUCAUGCCAUUGAACGCAGAGCCCUCCCAGAAUUCUUCAACGGCAAAAAUAAGUCCAAGACCCCUGAAAUUUACCUGGCCUACCGGAAUUUCAUGAUAGACACAUACCGCCUCAAUCCCCAGGAAUACUUGACUUCCACAGCCUGCCGGCGGAAUUUGGCCGGAGAUGUGUGCGCCAUCAUGAGGGUCCACGCCUUCCUGGAACAGUGGGGCCUGAUCAACUACCAGGUGGACGCUGAGAGCCGGCCGACCCCCAUGGGGCCCCCUCCCACGUCCCACUUUCACGUCCUGGCUGAUACACCCUCCAGCCUGGUUCCCUUACAGCCCAAACCCUCACAGGCCCCCAUGCCCCAGGCGCCAGCCUCGCAACAGCUGCUGUCCUUCCCUGAGAAGGUGAAGGAGAAGCCGGUGGAUCUGCAGAACUUUGGCCUGAGGACUGACAUGUACAACAAGAAAAGCGGGCCGUCCAAGAGUAAGAGUGCAGCCAGCACCACCAGGGAAUGGACCGAGCAGGAGACGCUGCUGCUGCUGGAGGCCCUGGAGAUGUAUAAGGACGACUGGAACAAGGUGUCGGAGCACGUGGGGAGCCGCACGCAGGACGAGUGCAUCCUGCAUUUCCUGCGGCUGCCCAUCGAGGACCCGUACCUGGAGGACAGCUCCUCCUCACUGGGCCCACUGGCCUUCCAACCCGUCCCUUUCAGCCAGGCUGGCAACCCCGUCAUGAGCACUGUGGCCUUCCUGGCCUCUGUGGUGGACCCGCGUGUGGCCUCUGCGGCAGCCAAGUCCGCCCUCGAGGAGUUCUCGCGGAUGAAAGAGGAGGUGCCAGCAGCUUUGGUGGAGGCGCACGUCAGGCGGGUGGAGGAGGCGGCUCGAGUCAGCGGGAGGCGGGACCCCCUGUUUGGCCUGGAGGGCAGCGGAAUCGCCGGUACUGACCUGGAGGAGACGGAGAGGCCGGAGGAGAGUGGCGAGGAGAACAAGAGUGAAGGGCAGCCCUCUGAGGAGAAGAGGGAGAGCAAGGAGAGCAAAGAAUCCACUACAGAUGAUGAAGACAGGCAGGGGGAAAAUGGGAAGAAGGAGGAAGAGAGAGAGAGGGAUGAAGAUGGGGACAGAGAGGGGGAGAAGCCCGAAUCGGAGAUGGGUGAUGGAGAGAAAGACAAGGAGGGCAAGGAGGGUACAGAAGAAGGCAGGAGAGACGGAGAGAGUGACGGGGAGAGGAAGGCUAAGGUGGAGCGGGAUAUCGGUGAAGGAAAUCUGGCCACCGCCGCAGCGUCUGCCCUAGCAGCAGCCGCCGUGAAAGCCAAGCAUCUCGCUGCCGUCGAGGAACGCAAGAUCAAGUCUCUGGUGGCCCUGCUGGUGGAGACUCAGAUGAAGAAGCUAGAGAUCAAGCUGAGGCACUUCGAGGAGUUGGAGACCAUCAUGGACAGAGAGAGGGAGGCGCUGGAGUAUCAGCGUCAGCAGCUCCUGGCCGACCGGCAGUCCUUCCACAUGGAGCAGCUCAAGUAUGCAGAGAUGAGAGCCCGUCAACAGCACUUCCAGCAGAUCCAGCACCAGCAGCACAGCCAGACCCCCCCACAGCAUCCCACAUCUGCCCCGCUGGCCCCCCCUCAAGGCCUGCCCAGCUCGCAGCCUGCCCCUGGCACCCCUGGUCCCCCACCUGCUCCCAGCCCGGCGCCGGCUUCGUCUGUCAACAACCCCCAGUCUGGACCCUACUCCGGCCAGCCACAGGAGCCCCAGGCCCCCCCAGCCCAGCACAUCUCCCCCCCAGUCCCUCCCAGUCAGCCCCCAUUACCCCAGUCUGCCGCCACCCCUUUUUCAGUCCAUGAGCCAAGUGCCCCUCUGCCCCCUGAGGCUCUUCACUCCUCUGCCCCAGUUAUCCCGCCCCAGUGAAGAAAGAGAGAGAGACAGAGUGAAAGAAAAGGGAGAGAGGAAAAGAGAGGACUGAACAGCACAACUUCGAAUUAGGUGUUUGAUCUGUUUGUUCUGAAAAGCAGAUGAAAGAAAAUCUCAGAAACAAAACUUCAAAUCUGAACAUGUAUAAGUGUAAAAGUCCAGGAAUGUGAGAGAGGUGUCCGCUUUUUAGCAUGUAAAUUCACCCACUUCUCCCUCUCGCCGUCAGACAGAAGGUGCGUAUGAGAGUUGCCCUGCACAGAGUACCUGUCACGCGAAGGGCCCCCCAGGUAAACCUUCGUUCUGCACAAAGUGGCCGUUUGUGGGCUUCCGGUCUUUCAAAGCGGCACCCCCACCCUUCUCUCUCUCCAGGGUCUCUCUUAACGGGCCUCUCUGUCUGUCUGUCUGUCUGUCUGUCUGUCUAACAGCUUGGUGGAAGACUAGUUAAAAUCAAUACAAAGAUGCAGCCUCGAAAUGAUCAUCAUAGAGGUAUAUACAGUACAGUCGUUGUCGCUAUAGUAGAUUGUGGGUCAUAUAUUAUUUGGUUUUAUAGAGAAUGGGAUGGGGGUUAGGGCUGGAGGUGUGUGGACCAGCUGUCCUGAACUUGUGUAGAGUAGAAGGGAAGGGAGCGUUAAUAGCACUUUGAUAAUGUUAACAUUUCUGAAUACUUUUACCUUUUUCCAGCCUGUUUUUAAUGUUGCUAUUAUUGUUUUUGUUGAAAUUAUUAUUUUUUUAAUUUAAUUCACUUUGAAAAGCACUUAAUGCUAAUAAUAAUCAUCAUAAUGAGUGAUAAUUGUAUAGUUAUAAUUAUGUUUUUUUAUCAUUGAAGUAAAGCACUUAACCCAAAUUGUUUUUGUAAAGAAUGUCACAUAGUGAGAGGGCAGUUACUGCAGGAUUCCCAUUGGACAGGUUUUUCCAAAAGCAAGAUUUCCAUUGGACAGCCUGUUUCAAAGCAAGAUUUUUAUUGGAUAGAUCUAUUCAAAAGCAAGGUCUCAAUUGGACAGCCUGUUCCAGGAACAAGGUAUUAGUUGGAUAGAUCUGUUCAAAAGCAAGGUUUUCCAUUGGACAGCCUUCUCUGUUUAUGCCAGCCUGCAAAAGUCAUCCCAAACUCGGGAUGCUCUUGUACACUAUGAGCUGUGUUGCUUUGACCAGUUUUACUUGAAUAUUGGAUGAUUUUUACAAUGAAGAUGCAUGACUGCAACAAAUCGUUUUGGAAGGUUUUCAGUUGCUCUGAAGCCUCACAAGUUGACUUGUCCCUUUACUGUCACAGUUGAGUCUAGGUUUGGCUUGACUUUUCAGAUAAAUUUAGUAGUAUUUACCUGGGUGUCUAUCUGCUUGAUAUAGUGCCAAACACUUUAUUAUGAAACCUCUUGCAGUGUGAGUACGUCAGUGUUGUCCAUACUUUUACAAUCAGCAGAGGAGACGGUGCCAGGCUCCGAGUUCGACUCCAUGUUUUAUCAUAUACUAAGUGUUCAGGAAGGGAAACUGCUGUUGUUAAUUACAUGUGGUGGGUGUAGCCAAGUGAAGCUGGAUGCCUUUGUGUUUCUGUGUAUGUGGGAUCAGCUAACAGGAAAUGCUGAUUUGGGACGGAAAGGCUCUGUGAUGGAAUCUGUCUGACAGGCCUAAGAACUGGUUCCGUAUAUCCAAACAAGGCAUUUCUAUAAAUAGUUUCUUAUACUCUUCAUUGUAUUCCUAUUUUUAUGUCACUGACAGUUACUGGGCCUUCUCUGUUGCCAUGUUACUUGCUGUAAUCUUUGUGUCCACCUCUCAUUUUGCUCCGGUGAUAAUCGCCGUACCUUGCUGCCGUUGAGUCCGUUCCUUAGGGUGCGAGCUGCACCUAGCUAGGUGAUUCCCAUCAGGUCUGCCCUGCGGCUUCCCCAGUGCCAUGGAUCUGUUCCCAGGUCAGGACUCCUGUACCCUGGGUAUCUGCCGUACCCUGUGGCCUGACCUUUUGGGGGGGUGCUGGUGGUGUCAGACACGUGAUGUUCUUCCUUUAGCGCCGAGCAGAAGGUCGACAGACAUUUCCGUCUCGGCAGUGACCUGAUUCGCCUCCAUUCCAAUUAUCUUCUGUAACGUCUCUCGUCUCUAGGAGAUGUUACUGAAUGGCACCUUCCACGUUAUUCAUGAACACUCUGGCCACAAGGAAACUCGGCUUUUCUCUGAUUUAUGUAGAAACUUAACGCCGAUUCCUGCAUCACAUAAUAAUCUUGCCAAUUGGACUUCAUGCCUUCAAACAUCCACAUCAAACUUCAGAAUUGCUGUAAAACUCACUUGAGCAGGGUGGCCAAUUUAGUAUGAGAAGCCUGUGGACGUAACAGCCCCCCCCACAGGACCCACCCGCUUGAUGCCUCAUACCCAAAAACAACACCAGUACUGCUCCAUACGUCGGCCUGUCAGUAUUAAACAACCCCAAAAGACUGAAAGUGGUGGUCUCUGUGUUUCAACUGUAGAUCUAGUGAAGAUUUUGUGGCGGUGUUUAUUUUCUAUUUAUUUUUUUUAUGGUUAACCGUAAGAAAAAUGGUUACAGUGAUGAUAGUAUCGAAUGAUGCAGUUUGUCAAGGACAUUUGCUGCACAGGUGUGUUAAAUACUUUACCUGAAUUUGUCAUAUCAUCACCGGAAACGAACUGAGAAAAAAAAAUCGAAAGGUCCUAUUUACACAUUUAAAAAAAACAUGCAGAUAAAAGUGAUACAAAGUC